AUGGUCACAGCGACGAGCGUUGCGAUCGAUGCCGACCUGGCCUACGCGUGCCUCAAAUCUGUUCCCAAUCACCAGGGACCGGCCAUUCGUUUGCUAAACUCCCUACGCACAUACCUAGAGUUUCAAAGCACCAAAGAUUAUUUACCUGACCCUCCUUCGGGGUACCUCUUUUCCGCGGUGGAUCUUGAUGCAGGAUUGGAUAAUGUUCUGGCGAAGGUACAGCAAGAGGGAUACGAUAGCGAGUAUGAUAUGCAAGCCGAUAUCUUCGCGCUGUUGACAGCUGCUCGUGACCGCCAUUUAUUAUGGUUCGGUGACCUGAUGGGGACAUUCACAUUCAAAAGACCUGCAAGCCUGGUAGCCGUCUCCUCAGACGGAGAACAGACACCACAAGUGUACAUCUCCAGUGAUCUUGUCUUCGCGGACAACCGAGGAUCUUUCGUUCCUGUCACUGGAUAUACACCAUCGCCGGUUGAGAGCAUCAACGGUCUGGAUGUUGUCUCCUUUUUGUUGGCUCGAUCUUGGGAGUCGUCGUGUCCUGACCCCGAUGCACUUUGGAAUGAACUUCUCCUGUCACUUGCGGGCCCGGGUAAAUUCACGUAUCCCACGCACUACCCGGGAGCCUUCACAAACGUGACUCUUGCCAAUGGCACCACGCGCGAAUAUCGGAAUAUCGCAAUUGUCAAUGUUGCUAUGCAUGGCGUGGCUAGUGGCGAGGAUGCGUACGCCGUCUUCUGUCCAGAAGCUAACGUUGUAGCGACGAUGUCUACUGCUGCUAGCAGCACAGUCCCUUCUAUGUCGACCCCAGCUCAAUCUAACUCACCAAUCAUUUCGGACCACGCUCGACUGGUUAUCAAGCACAGCGCUGAUUCAGUCGCAGGGUAUUACCUCAGUGAGCCCGGGCUGACUGAUGUUGCCAUCCUGAAAGUUUCGAAUUUCAAGCCUUCGACUACAGUUCCGGCAAACUACGAGGGGGAGUUCCAGAUGGUAGUACAGAAAUUCCUUGAUGCAGCUUUGCGUACAGGAAAGCGCAAGUUGAUCAUCGAUCUUCAGAGCAACACAGGGGGUUUUAUUGAUCUUGGUACCGAUCUAUUUGCGCAGCUCUUUCCAACCAUUCCUCCAAAUUCCAAAUCGAAUAUGCGGGCUCAUCUAGGUCUUCAGAUCUUGGGGAAUGUCGCCUCGUCCAUUGUCGCCACGGCGGAGAUGACAUCUAACGGAGACCAUGGCGCAGAGGAGGAAAACCGGUAUGUCCCGUUGGCCUUUCAAACCGUGGUCGAUCCGGAGUCCCGCAAUUUUGCAGACUUUCAAUCAUUCUACGGCCCGCAGCAAUUAAAUGGUGGCCAAUUUACGGCUUUUUUCCAGAACAACUACACGGAUCCAGUGUCGUCAGAUUACCAAGGACAGGGCAUCAUUAUCACCGGGACCAACAACCGGACAGGAUUUCGACAACCGUUCGCACCGCAAGACAUUGUGGUGCUCACCGAUGGCCUCUGUGGGAGUACUUGUGCAGUGCUCUCUGAGCAACUCAAGAACCAUGGAGGCGUCCAAUUCAUAUCCAUCGGGGGCCGGCCUCAGCCAGGCCCGAUGCAAGCCGUCGGGGACACUAAGGGAGCGCAAAUAUUCCCGCAGGACAAGAUCGCGAUUUGGGUUGAUCUCUUUCGAAGUCGAGAACAGAACCCGCUCCUGGACGAAGCGAAUGGCACGAUUUGGGAAAACUUCACCGACGUACCCAUCUUACGAGCGUCCUACGGAAGCGUCGGAGUCAACGGACGCAACAACUUUCGCAUAGGCGACAAGACUCAAACCCCGCUCCAGUUCACUUACGAAGCUGCCGACUGUCGGUUGUGGUGGACUCGUGAAAUGUUGUAUGAUGGCGCAUUCCUUUGGGCGCGCGUUGCCCGCAUGGCUUUCAAAGAACGAAGGGGAACACAGUUCAAUUCAAAAUACUGCGUGACCAACAGCACCGGGCAUCCCACCAGUCUAUCUGGAGGCUGGAAACCCGGCACUUUUGGGCCUCAGCAGCCUCCGCCAAAUGCGAAAGCUGUACUUGAAGGAUGGAAGCUUGAUGGGAGACCACUCGGAUCAGUGUUGAACGCAGUCAAUGCUGAACUAAAAUGA